AAUCCGUUCCGACGUGCAGCCGCGAGGCGGCGCCCCGCGCGGGCCCUUCACGACAGUGCGGCGUUUUCCGGCCGCCGCGCGGUGCCGACGUGUCCGACGGUCCGGGCGGUCUGGCCAUGGCGGUGCGUGCCCGGUCCGCGCGGGCGCCGGCUGGCUCGGCAGACAAAGUGCAGAAGGACGGGCCCCGGCGGGCCGCGGGCCCCGGGCGGGCCGGCCGCGUGGCGGCGCUUCUGGGCUUUGAGUGGACGGACCUGUCCAGCUGGCAGAGGCUGGUAACUCUGCUCAAUCGACCCACGGAUCCUGCAAACCUAGCCGUCUUCCGGUUUCUCUUUGCAUUCCUGAUGGUGCUGGACAUUCCCCAGGAGCGGGGGCUCAGCUCACUGGACCGCAAAUACCUGGAUGGACUGGACGUUUGCCGCUUCCCCUUGCUGGAUACCCUGCGACCGCUGCCACUUGAUUGGAUGUAUCUUGUCUACACCAUCAUGUUUCUGGGGGCACUGGGCAUGAUGCUGGGGCUUUGCUACCGACUGAGCUGUGUGCUAUUCCUACUGCCAUACUGGUACGUGUUUCUCUUGGAUAAGACCUCGUGGAACAACCACUCCUACCUGUACGGUUUGGUGGCCUUCCAGCUGACAUUCGUGGACGCUCACCACUACUGGUCUGUGGACGGCCUUCUGAAUGCCCGUAAGAGGAACGCCCACGUGCCCCUUUGGAACUAUGCAGUGCUGCGUGGCCAGAUCUUCAUUGUGUACUUCAUUGCGGGUAUCAAAAAGCUGGAUGCAGACUGGGUUGAAGGCUACUCCAUGGAGCACCUGUCUCGACACUGGCUCUUCAGUCCCUUCAAACUGGUGUUGUCUGAAGAGCUGACCAGCCUCCUGGUGGUGCACUGGUGUGGGCUGCUGCUGGACCUCUCUGCGGGUUUCCUGCUUUUCUUCGAUGCCUCAAGAGUCAUUGGCCUCUUCUUUGUGUCCUACUUCCACUGCAUGAAUUCUCAGCUCUUCAGCAUCGGUAUGUUCCCCUACGUCAUGCUGGCUAGCAGUCCUCUCUUCUGCUCCCCUGAGUGGCCCCGGAAGCUGGUAUCCCACUGCCCCAAAAGGCUCCAAGAGCUGCUGCCCCUCAAGGCAGCCCCUCAGCCCAGUGCUUCCUGCAUCUAUAAGAGGAGCAGAGCCAAAGGGGCCCCGAAGCCAGGGCUGCGCCACCAGCUGGGAGCUGCCUUCACUCUGCUCUACCUCCUGGAGCAGCUCUUUCUGCCCUACUCCCAUUUCCUCACCCAGGGCUAUAACAACUGGACCAACGGGCUGUACGGCUACUCCUGGGACAUGAUGGUGCACUCCCGCUCCCACCAGCACGUGAAGAUCACCUACCGUGAUGGCCUUACAGGCGAGCUGGGCUACCUCAACCCUGGGGUAUUCACACAGAGCCGGCGAUGGAAGGAUCACGCAGACAUGCUGAAGCAGUAUGCCACUUGCCUGAGCCGCCUGCUUCCCAAGUACAAUGUCACUGAGCCCCAGAUCUACUUUGACAUAUGGGUCUCCAUCAAUGACCGCUUCCAGCAGAGGCUUUUUGACCCUCGCGUGGACAUCGUGCGGGCUGACUGGUCCCCCUUCCAGCGCACACCUUGGGUGCAACCACUGUUGAUGGACCUGUCUCCCUGGAGAGCCAAGCUGCAGGAAAUCAAAAGCAGCCUGGACAACCACACAGAGGUGGUCUUCAUUGCAGACUUCCCUGGGCUGCAUUUGGAGAAUUUUGUGAGCGAAGACCUGGGCAACACUAGCAUCCAGCUGCUGCAGGGGGAGGUGACUGUGGAGUUGGUGGCAGAAGAGAAGAACCAGACUCUUCGGGAGGGAGAAAAAAUGCAGCUGCCUGCUGGCGAGUACCAUAAGGUGCAUACGACAUCACCUGGCCCUUCCUGCUACAUGUACAUCUAUGUCAACACUACAGAGCUUGCACUGGAACAAGACCUGGCUUAUCUACAGGAAUUAAAGGAGAAGGUGGAAAACGGAAGUGAAACGGGACCUCUACCUCCAGAGCUGCAGCCUCUUUUGGAAGGGGAAGUGAAAGGGGGCCCCAAGCCAACACCUCUGGUUCAGACCUUUCUUAGACGCCAGCAAAGGCUCCAGGAGAUUGAACGCCGGCGAAAUACCCCUUUCCAUGAACGACUUUUUCGCUUCUUGCUGCGAAAACUGUACAUCUUUCGUCGCAGCUUCCUGAUGACUCGAAUUUCACUCAGAAAUCUACUAUUAGGCCGCCCUCCCCUGGAGCAGCUGGCCCAAGAGGUGACCUAUGCAAACUGGCGCCCCUUUGAGACAGAUGGCGAAUCAAGUCCUUCAAACACAGAGUCUUCAAAUUCCAAUCCUCCUGAGACAAAUGCUGAUCCUAUCCACUCAGAAUUGUGAGGGUACCUAGAUGUUUGAUGCAUCUGUGCUACAUUUUUUUGAGACCAUUCAGAUUUUUUUUCUUCUUCAAAGUCCCUUUUAAUUCAGCUAUAGCUUGGAUGAAUGGAGUCAAGAAAAUAAAGAUAUUUUAAUCCAA